UCCUCCGCGCAACACGAUCAACUCGAACGCCAUGUUGGUCACAUGACGAGCGCCCAGCGGUCACAUGAGUGUUCCAGGUCGUCUAGUCGCGGAUCCUCUUCCUCCGUGCCGCAGCAGGCUCCUCCCGCCCGCCCACUAACAGUUUGGAGUCGGUUUGAAACGCGACGAGACCCAAGGGAAAGAUGAACAGUGAAAACUUCUUCCUGAGUGAGAAGAUAGUGUCACCCUCCUACAUUCGACAGGGGUCUCAGGCGCGUCGUAGCCAUGAGCAGCUCAUCAGACGCUUGCUGGAGCAGGGUAAGUGUCCAGAGGAAGGUUGGAGUGAGAGCACCAUAGAGCUCCUCCUGAAUGAGCUGGCAGUGAUGGACAGCAAUAACUUCCUCGGCAACUGUGGAGUGGGGGAGAGGGAAGGCCGGGUGGCAUCCAGCCUUGUGGCAAGACGACAUUACAGGCUGAUCCACGGCAUAGGUCGGUCAGGCGACAUCGCUGCUAUUCAGCCCAAAGCUGCAGGAUCCAGUCUACUUAACAAGCUGACUAACUCAGUUGUGUUGGACAUCUUAAAGCUUGCAGGUGUGCGGAGUGUGUCAAGCUGCUUUGUAGUUCCCAUGGCAACAGGAAUGAGCUUGACCCUCUGCUUCCUGACCCUUCGUCAUCGGAGGCCCAAGGCUCGUUACAUCAUUUGGCCUCGCAUUGACCAGAAGUCCUGUUUCAAAUCCAUGAUCACGGCAGGCUUUGAACCGGUGGUGGUGGAGAAUGUUCUCGAAGGCGAUGAGCUGCGGACGGACUUGGAAGCAGUUGAGCGCAAAGUGGAGGAGCUCGGAGCAGAGAACAUCCUGUGUGUUCAUUCGACAACGUCCUGCUUUGCCCCGCGAGUCCCUGACAGGCUUGAGGAGCUGGCCACUCUGUGUGCCAAAUAUAACAUUCCCCACAUAGUUAACAAUGCAUACGGCGUGCAGUCGUCCAAAUGCAUGCACCUAAUACAACAGGGGGCUCGUGUCGGACGAAUCGAUGCCUUUGUACAGAGCUUGGACAAGAACUUCAUGGUUCCAGUAGGUGGCGCCAUAAUUGCAGGUUUUGAUGAGUCCUUCAUAGAGGAGAUAAGUAAGAUGUACCCAGGUCGAGCAUCAGCCUCACCCUCCCUUGAUGUCCUCAUUACCCUCCUCACUCUGGGAGCCAGUGGCUACAAGAAACUCCUGUCAGAAAGAAAGGAGAUUUAUUUGUUCCUGGCUCAGGAACUGAAGAGUCUGGCCUCCGCGCAUGGAGAGAGACUACUUCACACCCCACAUAACCCCAUUUCCCUGGCCAUGUCUCUGGAUGGUCUCCAAGCUGAGAACGACAGGGCAGUAACUCAGCUGGGCUCCAUGUUGUUCACCCGGCAAGUGUCAGGAGCCAGGGUGAUACCGCUGGGCAAGGAGCAGACCAUAAGUGGGCACACGUUCCGUGGCUUUAUGUCACACUCGGAGGCCUACCCCUGCCCCUACCUCAAUGCUGCCUCAGCUGUGGGCAUCACUCGAGAGGACGUUACACUGUGCGUCAAACGGCUUGACAAGUGCCUGAAGACUCUGAAGAAAGAGUUAAAUGGGGCUAAAAGUAGUUCCCCAGUACCUCCGUCGAUCCAGGAGGACACUGCAGGAGAUUGACACAGCGAAGAUGAUCUUUACCUGAUCUGAACUGUGUGUCUUGAAUGGCACUUGCUGAUGGAUUAUCAAUCCAGACACUGUAACAAGGUCAAAGACAAGAGCUCAGCUGGCGACGAAACUGCGUGCGGGUGUUCAGUUCAAACCACAAUGACACAAACUGAUGUAACUGAUUAAUUCCCCCUUCUGUGAAGGUGUGCUAAUUAGCAGAUGAUUUAAGGACUUAAUCUGCAUGCAAAUGCAUUUCGGGAGCAUACGGCUAUACGCCGCUGAUCCAAAGUUAGAACAAAGCGUCUGCAAAGAUGUCAAAAAUGCUUUAGUUUAUGGAUUUUGGACUCAAAAUAGAUUAUGAAUGUAUCAUUUACAAUAGUCUUUACUUCCUGUUUGUCAUUUCUCUUAAUUAAACCAUCUAAAGCCUG